AUGUUCGCCGCGAUUAUCACCCUUUGGUUCGCCGUACUGGCCACAGCGCAAAGCACGGGAUUCACACAGUCCUAUUGCUCGUCGCAGAACACAGCAUCAGGUGAUGCUUAUUUCUGGACAUACCAAUCGAAUGGUGAAUGUACAGAUCACUGCAAGGCUUCGGGCACCUGGGCCUUUGCUGUCAUUCAGUACACCGACUGUUGGUGCUCGAAUUACAUCCCUUCCACCACAACCGACAUUUCCGAUUGUCAAAAGGAUUGCCCUGGUUACCCAGCCGAAAAGUGCGGUGACAAGGAUGCUGGCCUCUACAUCUACAUAGAGAUGAGUGGGCAGCCUUCUGGAACCGCAGGAGGUUCGCAAUCAUCUUCGACAAGCUCAUCUUCGAACAACAAAAUAUCAUCGACUCUCAAGACAAGCGCCAGCUCUUUUGCUGACGCGCCGUCCACGAGCGUACAAGUCACUACUGAGAGUGGUGCCGUGGUUACACGCACUGUCAUCUAUCAGCCCACCGAAUCUGCCCAGCAGACUUCGUCUGCCGGCAGUGGCUCCAGUAACACUGGCGCUAUAGUCGGAGGCGUUGUAGGAGGGAUUGCUGCCAUCGCAGGAAUUGUGGGCGGUGUUCUUUUUUUCUUGUGGAGACGGAGGAAGCAGCAGCGCGCUGAGCAGGAACAUCAAGCAGGCAUCACACGCAACACGAGUACAAUGAGCAAAUCCGGUCUACUUGGAGGCCGCGGUGCUGCGACUGACCCUCAUUACCCACCGCCAAUCGCUACGAACGGCAGCAACGCUGGUAGCCGGCACGACAACGAAUCCAUCAGCCCGAUUUCUGGAUCGCAACGCAGAUACAGCCAGCCAAUGAUGAUCGAUUCUCGGCUCAACCCGGAGACGGUGCUGAUGUAUCACCCCACAUUUGCGAAUAGUCGGGAGAGUUUAGGCAGUAUCGACGACAGCCGCGACUACGGGCGGCAACUCAAUGUGAGGAACCCAGACCCGCACUGA